GUUGAAGUAUUGAUUACUUUUUGUGUAGGUAUCGAGAACGUUUAUGGUGACGAUGAUAACAGAUGGAAUUAAUAUGUUUGAAUGCUUCGUUUUAUUAUUUCUGGCUCGCUUCUGUGUAAUACAGACCAUAGCUAAACGGUGAAAGAUUGAGCAUUAAAAGUUUAAAAUCAAGUAGUUUUGUUACUAUUCAAUAAUGGACUGGUCAGAUGAAUAUUUCGAGGAAGAUAAACUGCUUUAUUUGCACGAUGAUUUCCCCAACAUUAAGUACUCGCAUGUUUCUCAAGCAACUGAUGAUCCGGAAUUGCGAACUGAAGAUAGGUUGGGCAUGAAAGUCACAACUGGAAAUGUUACCAUAAAGAAAGACAACAAUAAUUUAAUCGGAAUUAGUAUUGGAGGAGGAGCUCCUUAUUGUCCAUGCUUAUACAUCGUCCAGGUUUUCGAUAAUUCGCCAACUGCCAAGGAUGGGACAUUGCAGAGUGGCGACGAAAUAAUAGGCAUUAAUGCACAAUCAGUAAAAGGAAAAACAAAAGUUGAAGUGGCCAAAUUGAUUCAAAAUUCUGAUAAAGAAGUGAAUAUAGGUUAUAAUAAACUACAUGCUGAUCCUCAACAAGGAAAAUCAUUAGACAUCAUAUUGAAAAAAGUCAAACAUCGUUUAGUUGAACACAUGAGUACAGAAACUGCUGACGCAUUAGGUUUGUCCAGAGCUAUUCUGUGCAACGAUUCAUUGGUGCAAAAGCUGAAAGAAUUGGAAAAUAUCGAAACGACAUACCGAGGCCUGGUUGAACACGCUACUCGUGUUAUGAAAGCAUUUUACGCCAUAUUGAAAGUUUACAAAGCUUUUGGAGAUUGUUUCGCUAAUAUUGGAGUCAGGGACCCACAUCCUCAAGCAUGCGAAGUAUUCAGCCAAUUCGGUGAUUAUCACAGAAAGAUGGAAAAACUCGGAAUACAAACAAUCAAAGCUAUUAAGCCAGUAUUAUCAGAUUUGGGUACGUAUUUGAAUAAAGCUAUUCCUGAUACGAAGCUGACAAUUCAAAAAUACGCCGAUGCCAAAUUUGAAUACUUGUCCUAUUGCUUGAAAGUAAAAGAAAUGGACGACGAAGAACUGGGAUAUGCCAGUUUACAAGAAAUACUCUAUCGUGUUGAUACAGGAAAUUAUGAAUACAGAUUAAUUUUGCGUUGUCGUCAAGAUGCUAGAAAUCGAUUUGCGCACUUACGAUCCGACGUUUUAGUGAAAUUGGAAUUAUUAGACAAUAAACACAUUCAAGAUGUAGUUUGGCAACUGCAAAGAUUCGUUUCCAGCCUGGCUUAUUAUCACACGCAAAUCUUAGAAAUUUUGAAUGAAAAUAAACUCUUUCCAAUUGAAGUUGACCUGGCCAAAUCUGCCUUAGAAUAUGAUAAUAUUACUCAGGAUAAUUUUGAAGAUGAUGACGACGAUGAUGACUUACCAAAUUUAAAUCAUUUAAACGAAUCACACCAUUCAUCUGGUACUUCUAUGUCGAACGAUUUUGGUGGCACUAACAGCGGUGACAUCUUAGAGCAGCUAGAAAAUUUGAAAAUGAAUGAAAUGAAUGAAAACGAAAAUAAAACAGAAAACGUCUUGAGCAAUUUUGAAAGCUUAACUUUGGGUGGUGACGAUACCGAUAUCUUGAACUUGAAUUCCUUUUCAAUCACCAACGAUUUAUUAACUGGAGAACCAAUAGCUUCGAGUGCAGCUCCAACGAUGCCUGUCAUCAGCGAUACAAAUGAAACAAACUCCGAUUUACUUUUUUAAGAAAUUGAUUUCAAUGUGCAUAAUGUGUUUUGAAAAAUGGCCUAAUUGUUGAUUGCAAACUGUAAGAGCCAAUAUCUACUCUAAGCCUGUGGUGGACGUACCUACUUCGGUUCAGAAAGAAUCACCGAAUUCGGGAAUAUUUUCGAAUGAAGGCAGAAUAAAAUGAAAAAAAAGAAUAGUUGAAAAGAGAGCAAGUGUAUUCAAAAAUUAUAAAACUAUCAUUCGUUCCACAUGUUUUUAUAUAUCUAAUUAUCUAUGUAUUUAUUGAACUGAAAUGUUAAAGUUUUUGAAUUUUUAAAAAAUUAUUGUUUUUUUUUACCAGUUUUAUCGAAUGAAUCGAAUGAAAUAUUAGAAAUAAACUUGAAGUUUUCGAAU